AUGGGCACACUGCUGGACUCGUUUCAGGAGGCAUUGGAGAAAAGAGAAGCAAAACUGGCACGACGGCGACUGACGAUUCUGUCCCCGGAUGCUGCUGAUUUCUCGUCAAACGACUUCCUAUCUCUCUCGACCUCGUCGUUGCUCAAGUCACGAUAUUUGCGAAGACUGAAUGCUUGUUACGCUGCAGAUCAUUCCCUGGGGCUGGGAAGUGGUGGCUCGCGGCUGCUAGACGGUAACUCUGCGUUUGCUGAAGAGCUGGAACGGUUCAUCGCUUCUUUCCAUGACGCUCCUACUGGUCUGCUUUUCAAUUCAGGGUUUGAUGCCAAUGUCGGUGUCUAUUCGUCUGUCCCGCAACCAGGUGAUGCCAUUGUGUACGAUGAGUUGAUCCAUGCGAGUACGCACGAGGGAAUGCGUCUUUCUCGUGCGACAACAAAGCUUCGCUUUCAGCAUAAUUCAGUCGAGGAUCUGGAGAAUGUUCUCAAUGGGUUGAUUAAUGACGAUGUAUCAAUUUCCAGCCGCAAUGUCUUCAUUGCUGUGGAGUCACUGUACAGCAUGGACGGCGAUGUGGCUCCUUUGAAAGAGAUGGUUCAAGUCAUUCAUAAUACCUUCCCUCGAGGAAAUGCAUAUUUGAUUGUGGACGAAGCUCAUGCGACUGGGGUGUUUGGACCGAAUGGGGCCGGGGUCGUUCAAGAGCUAGGGGUUCAGAAUGAUGUUUUUAUUCGGACACAUACCUUUGGAAAGGCACUGGCUGGCCAGGGCGCCAUCGUCUUGUGUACGUCGUUGACGCGUGAGUAUCUGAUCAACUAUGCCCGCACGUUGAUAUAUACCACGGCGAUGGCGAGUCCGACCCUGGCGGCAAUUCGGACUGCUUACGAAUUGAUGCAACAAGGGAAAACCCAAUCAUUCCAACAAAAACUACAAUCCAACAUUUCAUACUUCCGGUCUCAAUGUGACAACUUCCAUAUGAACGACCAAUCAAUCGUUCGAAUCGACUACUACGACAGAUCCCCGAUAUUCUCUAUUCGCACCAAAUAUCCUCGCGAGUUGGCUAGGUAUUGUCAAGAGCGUGGUCUUAUUGUUCGUCCGAUCAUGGCUCCCACCGUGCCCCGUGGAAAGGAGCGCGUGCGUGUCUGUCUGCAUGCCGGAAACUCGUACGAGGAGAUUGACAGCUUGAUGUCGGCGAUUAGGCAGUGGGUGAGAGAUUCGACGACGGAAAGGCCAAAAUUAUGA